CGCGGCCACCGGCAUGCACUGGCCGUGAUAAUAUUGUUUACAGAUAGGAACCGGAAUUUACAUCGUGUCAUUUGGUGAUUGACCAGGGACCAAAGAAGAUGCCUCAGGGUAGAAGAAAAGUACCAUUUAGUGGAAAGGCGAAGAAACUCCAGAUGAAGGCGAAAAAACAACGUCAAACGCGAGUUCUGCUCGAUGUUGAUGCCGAACUGGAGCAGCAGCAAGAUGUAAAAGAUUCUCAAAGUACUUUUUCAAGAGUCCAAAAAAUGAAUCUACAGCCGUGUGCUGGAAAUUCCACUGGGAACAAGUAUGCUUUGCAGUUUGUGCAGGAAUCCAAGGAAGAGCUAAUGAAAAGAAAAGAAGAGGCUAGACACAGGAUUAAUCCCAUCCCUUUGUCGGCGCAGGAAGUCUCCGACAACUUUUUCCCCCCUGAAAUUGACAUGCCAAAGAGACCGGAAUGGGACUUCAAUAUCAGCAAGGAAAUACUUGAGGCUCGGGAACAUAAAUACUUUGCUGAAUAUCUGAAGAAUAUUGAGAAAGUAAACGGCCUGAGCUACUUUGAGUUGAAUCUUGAGACAUGGCGCCAGUUGUGGAGGGUGCUCGAGAUGUCUGAUAUACUCCUCAUCAUAGUGGACAUUCGAUACCCCGUGUUAACGUUCCCACCUUACCUAUACGCUUAUGUGACCAAGGAUCUGGGAAAAAAUAUGAUAUUGGUGUUAAAUAAAAUAGAUUUGGCACCCGCUGCAUUAGUUGUGGCCUGGCGGGAAUAUUUUAAGAUACGCUACCCAGACUUGCAUGUGCUAAUGUUCACCUCAUUCCCCACCUACAAUUUGCGCGAUCCAAACAGAGAGGAAAAAGGUCUCAAGUCCCGUCGAAUGAAAGGCAAAUUGAAGAUGGCUGCUGAGGGUGCUCAGAAGUUACUGGAUACCUGCGAACAGAUUGUCGGAGAUGAGGUGGACUUGAGUUCUUGGCGUGACAAAAUUCGAGAGGAGCUGGAGUCCGAACAAAGCCUUGAUGAACUGAACCGGAGUGAAAAUAUUGUCAGAUUGGACAAGGGUGACACUGAUUUCUACUGUCACGAGCGAUAUAAAAAUGGCAUACUGACAAUUGGAUGUAUUGGCACACCAAAUGUAGGAAAAUCUUCUCUCAUGAACGCUUUAAUGGGUAAAAAAGUUGUCAGUGUCUCACGGACACCUGGACACACGAAACACUUCCAGACGAUUUUCUUAACGAAAACUGUUCGUCUGUGCGACUGCCCAGGAUUGGUGUUUCCUUCUACAGUACCUAAACAAUUCCAAAUCCUUAUGGGGUCAUUUCCUAUUGCGCAAGUAAAAGAACCCUAUACGACGGUAAAAUUCCUUGCCGAAAGGUUGGACCUUCCACGUGUUCUCAAUAUUCGUCACCAAGAAGGCGACAGCACUUGGUCCGCGAUGGAUAUCUGUGAUGGCUGGGCUGCAAAACGAAGUUACCUUACCGCUAGAACUGCACGGUUCGAUUGUUAUCGCUCCGCGAAUUCUAUAUUACGAAUGGCACUCGAUGGAAAGAUUUGCAUCUAUGCCUACCCCGUAGGAUGGUCAGUCGAUAAAGAUAAAUGGGAGAAACAUCCUGACAUUCAGAUGGUCCAGUGGAUUCAAGCGAGAGGGCAAGUAAGCGAUUGUAAAUAUAAGACUACCAUUGUAUCUACUUCAGAUGAAGAGGAAAGUUCGGAACAAGUCUCUAGCGCAGAAGAGGGUGCCUCAGCAUCGCAAGAUGAGGAGCAGCAGCCAGACAAGAUGUGCAACAGCCGAAAUUCUGAGACAUCUUCCGAAGACGAUUCCGAUUUACCAACGGUCGCUAAUAGGUUCACAGCGUUAACAGCAGCAAAGUAACGAUGUCCCUUCUUAUACCUCCCGAAAUUCCUUAUGUGAUAUUCUUUCGUGUGAAUUUUUACAUUUUCAGCCUUCAAUAAUAUUACACAAAUCACACACAUAUUAGCAACUAUCAUCUCACAGCCUAUGCUUGGCAAGCGGAGUUUGUAAAGUUUCGAAACUAUGUUAUUCACCGAUGGACACUGGGCUGACAUUGAGAGGCAACGCCAAUGCUGAAACCAGGUUACUCGGUCAUUAAAUUAUGAUUUAACAAUCACCAAAUACAAUGUUAGAUUUCUUGUUACUGUAGCUGUACCUAUUCGGAACAAAGUUAUUUAAUUUUGUUACGUCA